AUUGACUAUAGCUAGGUCAACCCAGCCCGCGAUAUUCGGUAAAAUCUCAAUAGCCAAAGUCCGGGCCUACUGGAGGACUGGCGGUGGGUUUUAACGUCGGCGAUGAAUCGAUUUAAGACGAACAAUCACUCCGAUUCUCUCAUCUGAUUCAUCUCCUUCCAUCAAUGGAGAAAGGCAAAGCUCCAGCGUCCACUAUUACAUCUUCCUUUCAAAACCUAGCUCUCAGUUCUUCUUCCAAGCACAAUUCCUCCAUUACCCCCGCUUCUUUCAAUUUCCGAGUUCUUCCACCGAAAAAAGUAAAACUGCCGAGUUUGGUUAGCUUAUGCAUUACAGUCAUCGGGAAGCAUUUGCAGGAUCUCAUUCCAGAGUUAGCUGAGAUUGCUAUCGCUUUUCCAACACAUGUAAAGAUGGCAAUUGCUGCAAUUGCUAGGAGAAGAAAGCUUCUAGAUGAUGAAGUAAUCCUCUCUCUUGCUGAUAGCACCUGGGAAUUUCUUGACAUUUCUUAUUCAGAUGUUUCAGAUUCUGGUCUUGCAAAAGUUGCCGAGAUAUGUAGUCAGCUGCGCGCAGUUGAUAUAAGCGGAUGCAGCAGAAUUACACCUAAUGGAGUUACUCAACUGGUGCAGCACUGUCAUUCCUUGGAGAUAUUAAGAUGUGGAGGCUGCCCUCAGAGUGAGCAUACAGCAAGAAUAUGCUUGGGUUUGUUUAAACCAGUGCUGAAGAAUGUAGAAGAAGAUUUGUGGGAGGAACUUGAUAUGACUGAGAUCACUCAUGGUGGACAAUCCCUGCAGUGGCUUGUAUGGCCAAAAAUUGAUCCUGAUUGUUUAAAGAAUUUCUCUUCGGAAUGUCCUCGUGUCAAGGUGAACCCGCAACCUUCACCUUUUGGCUUCAAGGGAGUUUUUGUCCCUAAAGAAGCACUUCCAGACACGGUUUUGGAUGGCCAUCUAGUCGAGGAUAUCGAUUCCAGUAUAUGGGCAUCAUGUAGAACUACAACCACGAUUUUACCACCAGUAUCUGAUCCAAGUGAGUUAUCCAUGGCUGAGAAAUUUAGGCUAGCUUUUGUAGAAAGAGAUACAAGGCUGGCACCGAAACGAGCCAAGAACGCAAGGCAACAUCAGCGUCGUGCUGAAAGAGAGUGGAUGAUGAGCGCCGAAGCUAAAGCCAUAGCUCUUGCUUCACGCGCAAACAAAUCUCUACGUGGUCGACACUAGCUUUGUAGAUCUUUUUGGUGGCUGUACUUCUAUUUUCUUUUGCCAUUUCAUUUUUGCCCAAAGAUAAACUUGUAAAUUAUUUUUAAAGAAUCAAGUCUGACAGAGACUAUAUUUGGGAAUUUGUAGAAGUUGUGUAUAAGAAAAGUACAACUAGAGAAGAAAUUGUAACCAAUGUCAUGUUUAUGAGAUACAUUCAUUACCCAUUUCAAUUUAUGUAUGUUUUCUUUUGACAAUGUACGUAUA